AAUGCCAAGAGAAAAGGCACAAAACCCUAUUGAGGGCUCUCAGCCGCUAGUAGCGUAACCGUCACAUGGACAAACUGUCUCUCCAACUAUUUAAGCAGGAACGUUUUCUCCUCAGCAUCAUUCUGCCGUCCAGCCUUCGCUACGGAACACGACUGACCAAUAGAAACUUUUUCUAGCUCUUAGACCUUUUGAGUGAAGAAACGCUGUGCUGUAAACAUGCCAAGAUCUUUCCUAGUGGAUUCCUUGAUUUUGAGGGAGAACGGGGAGAAAGGAAGAGAGACCAGUCCUCCGUUAUUUCCAUACGCGGUGCAUCCGUCGCAUCCACUCCACGGCCUCUCUGGCGGCUCCUGUCACUCUCGCAAGGCGGGUCUGUUGUGCUUUUGCCCGCUGUGCGUCACCGCGUCUCACCUGCACCCGUCGCCUCCAGCGCUGCCGCUCAUCAAGGCAUCUUUUCCCUCCUUCGGCGCACAGUAUUGUCACUCCGCGCUAUCCAGGCAGCACUCCACUUCUGGCGGUGUAAAUCUGAACAGCGGCUCGGGGUUAUACCAAGCCACGUAUCCAGUGCCAGAUCCGCGACAGUUCCACUGCAUAUCCAUAGAUAAUAACAGCAACCAACUUCAUAGCAGCAAGCGCAUGCGCACCGCGUUCACCAGUACGCAACUCCUUGAGUUGGAGAGGGAGUUCACGUCCAACAUGUACCUGUCAAGACUUCGGCGCAUAGAAAUCGCAACUUACCUCAACCUCUCCGAGAAGCAGGUCAAGAUCUGGUUCCAGAACCGACGCGUCAAGCACAAAAAAGAAGGCAAAAGUGGUUCUCACAGAACGGGAGCCCAUAACUGCAAGUGUUCGUCGUCUCUUUCCUCCGUCCGGUGCUCCGAGGAAGAGGAUGACCUGCCCAUGUCACCACCAACAUCGGAGAAAGAGGAUGGAGAUCUGUCCGUUAGCCCAUAAACUCUUAUUAAGCUCACCUCAAAAGACUCACCUUAAUGCCACACCUGUGGAAUCUUCAAUGCAGCCAAAAAGCGACGGUAUUCCUGCGUGCGCCGUCAUCUGUAAAUAGCCAGAAAGAUAAAAAAAUCGUUAUAUAUGUUCGGGGUCUGCGCAUCCCUUUAAUGUUGUAUAUUUGUAUACAUUGUAUACAUCUUGUUUGUUUGUUUGUUUGUUUGUUUGUUUCUGAAAACGCAUCCAAAAUCCUUUCCUGUUACCACAAGUUUUCCAUAUUUGUGUAAUCAAACGUUCCAAAAUGAAAAAUACUUACUGUUUAAUUACAUUUUGGAUAUUGAAUACCGUUUUCCUUUGUAUUUUAUGAGUGGUGAGUACAGGGUAGCUUUAAGCACAUCAUUUUGGGACGGAAUAGAAAUAUGGGAUGUAUUCGGGACGACGAACGUUAACUAGUGUCACUUGAGUGACAGAAUUUGUUAUUGUACUUUUAUUGUAAUGAGAAUAUUUAUUUAUUUAAAAAUCUUAAAACUGAAAAUAAAGAAUAUUUCUUAGUGACAAAAUGUUGCCUGUUGUCUGUUGUACAAGCACGCCACCCAGACAUCACGUCCUUGAGCUGGGAGAAGAUAUCAGUUUCAAACUAACUUCCUUUAUUCAUUAAGCCUUCUAAUGAUGGAUGGUCUCAGUUUUGUAGGCAUGCCCUAUUUUGCAACAUUAUGGGUACCA